AUGAAGGUCACUAAUCUUUCCAUUCUGGCUUACGUGGGCUUCGCCACGGCCCUUACACAGCAAUGCUCUGGCAGCGCCGUCAACGAAGGCGGAAACUGGUUCUGCGGUGUUAUUGAUCAGAUUCUCUAUGAGGGAUUCUCCAGCAGUGGAAGUUUCAAGGCUGUUACAAAGAUGGGAGAUGAUGGAUCUUGUGAUCAGGAGCCCUUCUCCUACGACGGUGCUCUUGGACCUCUGAGUGAGGAUCUGUCUGUCCACAUUCGUGGCCCAUUUAACCUCAAGGAGUUUGCAGUCUACAAUCUCGGAUCCAGCGAGAAGAAGCGUGACUCUGCUCCCUCUCCUCACCUCCACGGCCAUCGCCAUUUCCACGAACAGCAUAAGAAGAAGCGUGGGGACUGGGUUACCGCCACCAUCAACGGACAGGUCGUAUCCUGGGAGAACACUUACAACGGAAGCCCGGCGACCCAGGCUGCUCCCGUUGGUAUCCCUGCUGCCCCUACUGACGCUGUGAACGUCGUCGAUGAGAAGAAGCCCUUGAAGCUAAAGGCUGACCCCUUGCCUGGACUGGACAAGAUCAAGAGCAAGGUUGAAAAUGUCAAGAGCAAGGUGGACCAGGUCAAGAGCAAGGCUACCUCAAAGGCAAAGGAGUACACUGCCACUCCUGGCGGACACUGGAAGCGUACUGCUUACUACAACGCUCAGCGACGUGUUGCUGAUAAUGUUAUUUUCAUGGGUAACUAUGGCGGCGAGGGCUCUGGAGUUUUUGACAACACCUGGGGCAACUCCCUCUCUUACCUUAACGCCAACGGAAACGGUGGCUCCUCUUCUCCCAAGAUCCUGAAGGACGUCUUCAUCCCUUCCAACAAAGAAUUCUCCAUCUUCAGCUCUGAGAAGUGUGACGAGAGCUGCGGUUACUCUCGUGUCCCUGAUGUUGCCUACAAGGGCUUCUCUGGCUCAAACAAGAUCUUCCUCUUCAACUUCAAGAUGCCCUUCGAUGGCAACACCGGCUUCAACGGCGACAUGCCCGCCCUCUGGGCUCUCAACGGCCGCAUCCCCCGAACUGGCCAAUAUAGCGGAUGCAGCUGCUGGAAGACAGGCUGUGGUGAGGUCGACAUCUACGAGGUCCUCGCUACUGGCGAUGAUAAGUGCAAGAGCACAUUCCAUUUGACAAACGGCGCCGGCAGCUCUGAUUACUUCAAGCGCCCUGCCGACAAGUACAUCAAGGUUGCUGUUGUGUUCUGUGAGCGUACGUCGAGCGUCGCCAUCAAGCAGUUGGAUGAUAGCUUUGACUUUGGAUCAUCUUUGAGCGAUGAGACAGUGAGGGACUGGAUUAAGACCAUGUCUACCCCUAAGAAGGGAAGCAGCCUGUUUCAGCUGUCCAUUUCUGUGUAG